ACGUAGUUAUAGUUGACCCUUAACAAAAAUACAUGCAACUAAGACAAUUAUCUUACGAUUAGUAUAGAAGUAUUCACCUAACAAAAAUUUAUGACAAUGGUAUGGGUUAAUGAAUUGUUGCGUUUGUGUAAAUUGACUUAGUCUCUUAGCAAUUAUCAUAUGCUGGAAAUAACCUUCCUUUCAAGUUUUCAUCCAUCAUAAUGUAUGAAAUUUAUCUAAAUUAGGCGUCCAUAUUUUGUGGUCUACAUACAUAUACAAAUAUGCACUAUAUGAGCAAUAUUGAGCUUUAUAUUUUAUGAGUUUAAAAAGAUGAACGUUGACUCUUGAGUGGUUAUGCAAAGUAUUAAGUAUGUGUAUAUAAUAUAUGUUAGAUAUAUGACUAAUUACUUAACUGGUUAAUUUGGUUUGACUGGUUAGGAGUGUCUGAAACCAAACAAAACCACCUAAACCAAACAAGCUAAAAACUUUAACCAAACCAAACCAAUUAUCCAAAUUAACCAAACCAAAUUAUCCAAAUAGUACCGGUUAAAAUGGUUACCAUGGUAACCAAACCGUUUGAACACCCCUAGCAUUAACAGACUCCGUAAAUUCCAGUAAAAUAGAAUAAGCGAUGUGGUUGAUUCCUUGCUAACAUAUACUUAAUUUACUUAGUUUUAUCGAUUUUUAUCUUGAAUACUUUUGUUUAGUGUAUUUAAUAGUAUGGAAAUGUAGUCAUUUCCUCUAUAUCGACCCAAUUUAUGAUACUAUAUCGGAGUGAAACAAGAGAUCUAAAGAAUAAGAGGGACUAAACUAUUCCCCCCCCCCCCCCCCCCCCCCCCCCGCCCGCAAAGUCAGAUGAAUAAACGAGAGUCACAAACGGGUAGCAAGAAAAGCGCGAGAGUCGACCAAUAGUCCAACUCCCGAUGAGAGGGCAUUUUGUGCCACAUGAUGGGCAGCCCUAUUGAGUUGAUGAGAAAGAAAACAGUAACAAACACUGUUGAAAGAAGACGUCAAGCUCCCAGCGUCCUCCAAAAUAGCGUCACCCCGAACAUGAAACAUAUCACCUCCAAUCAUCCGGCGUAUCAAGAGUUGAGAGUCCCCAUGAAAAUGAACAGCAAUAAAGGAAUGAGUUAGACACCACUGUAAGGCAUCACGUAGAGCUAAACAUUCCUUGAUAAAUGGAUCAUGGAUCCCAUCAUAAAAAUUUUCAAAGGAAAACAGAACAUUACCUGUUGCAUGAAAGCCGACAAAACCAAUACUACCUCAUUGACCACGCUUGGUAGCACCAUCAAACCAGACGUUGAUUACAGCCGAGAAACCUGAAGUCGUGGGUGUGGCUCUAGUAACAUGUGAAGGGGCAGUAGCAGAAGAAUCAUUACCAACGGGAGGCUGAAUCGUAGGAUUUUGCCCAACUGUCCUCCACUCAUUCACUUGUCGUUGAUACUGUCGAAACAAAGCCAAUGGGAGGCAUUGAAUGCCUUCAUGAACCGCCCAACAUCUCCCCUUCCAAAUCCUCCAGAGGAUGAAAACAAUAUUAGCUAUCUCAAUUUUCGAAAGAUUCAUAGAAAAGAAAAGAUGUUGCCAGUCCUCAUCAGAAAUCAUUCCACCAAGACUAAUGCUCAAGCCUUCAAGCCCCGCCAACCUCCACAGUCCUCUCGCUAUCCUACAGUUAAAGAAAAAAUGGGAAAAGGAUUCUGGUUCCCCAGAGCAUAUAGGACAGAUCGUGUCAGACACAAGAGUUUUAGUAAACAACACUAUCUGCAAGGGCAAGAAUCCGCGGACAGCUCUCCAGAAAAAGAACUUUAGCUUUGGAGGCACAGGAAUGCUCCAAAGAAGCUUCCAAAAACGGGUGUCAAAAGGUAGCACCACCGGAGGCUGCUGAAGGUUGUACUCAGCAGACAAAAGAUGAUAACCUAUCGUAACAGUAUAAAGACCAGAGGAAGAGUAAUGCCAUAUCAAACGAUCAGUCAAAUAAGAAAGAGGGAGAGGGAUGGACAAGAUGAGAUCGACACUCUCUUGAUUAAACUAUAUUAGUAACAAGUAAAUUAUCCUUUGUAUGAUUUCAAAGCGAUUCACUUCUAAAGCACGCAGCUAUGAAUCCGAAUGGCAUGCGAUAUGAAAAUUAAUCAAUCAAUCAAGUUUACAUCUGUUUUCCACAGAUGAAUUACAUACGAUUUUGUUUCACUUCACUAGCUUGGCUUUCUUUUUCUUUAUAUCUGCUCUGGAGGGAUCGCCUCAAAUUCAAUAAGUGGGUAAAUUACCUUGGAUGUCACUAAAGUAUGAGAAUUGGGGAAGCUAUACCACUAAAGUUAGAAUAGGGCGUCGGGUACCACUAAGGUCACUGAAUUGUACAUCCGAUCUGCCACGAGAUGGGUAUGGGUAUGGUGAUACCCGCCCCGUACCUGCCCAUUGGCCAUUCCUCUAGCAGUUAGCUGUCUGAGUCUGACGCUGUCUUAACGUUAGAAGAUGGUGUGUAACUGUAACGUUAGAUGGAUAUGUGGAAGACUUAAUGGGCUUUGGGGGAACAACGGUAAGAAAUAUAAAUAAAGAAGUUGACGGGCCAAAAAAUUAAAUUGGGGCUAAUAUUCCAUUGCUGAUUUUUGUAAAAUCAGCCCAAAAUCCAUUCCUAAUGAACGAGCCAACCACCGAAUUAAAUGAAUUAUUUAUUGUUUUUAAUUUUCUAUUUAUCAUAAACACUUUUUUUUUAAACCGUAAGCAGCUUUUCGAAUUACUUUAAGUAAUGACUUUUUUUCCAUAAAAAAAAGACGUAAAAAAAAUCUCGUCAUCUUCCUCAAGCCUCACCCUCCCUCUCCGUCGACCGUCGGACUAUGAAAAUCAACAAAAAAAUUCCGACGAACUCCUUUGCUGCCGAAUCAAUCUCUUAUACAAGCUUUCCGACUCUCGAACACUAAAAUCUUCACUGUAUUCCUCCUCCUUGAUUUAUUAUGUAAACAAAAAAAGUACUUGGGAACAACUGGCGGAGAGGGAACGCGGAAUUACCUGAAAGCGACUAUGCAAUUCCAUUCAUCGAUGCUUGGAUAUGGGUUUCGAUGUUAAAACAAUGAAUGGCGAAGAAAAAGGGCGACAAUGGAGAGGGAGUUCAUUGGCAGAUUUUGUGGCGGCAAAGCAGUCCGACGACGAGGGACGGUGAGGAAAACAGUAGAUUCUCUCUCUUGUUUUUGUGUGAGAAAACGUAAGUACUUUUUCUAACACCAUAACAGUAUAAUACAACUAAUUAAAAUUUCAGACAAAUAAACCGAGGUGAAAAGU